AUGGAUCUUUUAACUAUACAAGAUUCUUUUGAAGAAGUUAUAUGUGAUGUAAAGAACGGAAUACUCGAACAAGAUAAAUUUUGGGUAGCCAGGAGAAGCAUUGAGUCAGAGGUGAAUCAGGACUUUUGGUAUAUUGAUGUUACAAAGCAGGAUAUGAAAAAUGAUGUUGGUAAUUUAAAGUUCUUGAGUACAAAAGGUAAGAAUUAUCAGCUUCAAGUAGACAGAGAAGUUUAUAAUUUACAGAGUUUCUAUAAAAAGGUGAAAUUAACAAAUUCUAGAAUCAGUUCAGUUGCAGUUUCUUCAGAUAGCAAACACUUGAUUGUGGGAACUACGAAAGGAGAAUUGAUUAUAUAUAAUUUGGUAACAGAUACAAUAGAAAAAAAGAUACCAGAAGCACAUUUUGAGGAUGUAACAAUUUUGAAGUUCUUUCCAUCUGACAAGGUCAUAAUGUCAGUUGGAAUUGAUCUAAAGAUAAAAAUAUGGGGGCUUACGGGCGAAUUAGUAAGAACAAUGUCAAACCAAGUAAAAGAAAUAACUGAAAUUGGGUUACUCGGUAAGACAGGAAGAAAUUUUAUAAGUGGGUCUAAGGAUGGCUCAAUUGAUAUUUGGGAGUGUGGGCAAGGUCAGCUCAUCUAUAGUCUUAGACGCAUUCAAAAUAAUAAUGAUCCCGUUAAUUGCUUCGUAAUUGGAAAGUAUGAAUCAUCAGGGUCUAAAAUAUCAGAAUUAGAAUUUGAAACGGGAAACCAAUGCGCCUAUGUAGGCUUCGAUUCAGGUAUAAUCCAGCAAUUCAAUAUUGGUGACCAUUGCCAGACGAGAGUGAGAUUCGAGGAUGGAAAGGCUGGCGUUAGCUCGAUUGAUAUAAGUGAUGAAAUUUUGGUCAGUGGUUAUAAGGAUGGACAACUUAAAUUCUGGAAUAUUGCAACUGAAGUUAUAAUAUGCAAAUAUCAAUUAAAUUCCCAUUUUCCAAUUUCUACGGUUAAAGUGUUACAAAGAAAAGGGGAUACUAUAUCAGUGUUGGUUUACAACGGCCCUGAAACUCUUUUGAAGUUAGAAAUUGACCUUAACAAUAAGGUGAUGAAUCAAACUUACCUUAUCGGAAUGGAAGAAAACUUUAGUGUAUAUAGUGUUGCACUUAAUCAAGACAACAUAAUAAUUGGGGGAGAUCAACUAACAGUGUAUCAGUAG